GUACAACCGCCUGGCAAAGUUUACUGAUACGUUUGGAAGUCGGUUGGCAGGGACAGCAAACCUUGAGAAUGCCAUUGGUCAGUCACUCAGCUAUGGCUGAGCCCAACCGAGGUAGCAUGUAGCAAUGUUUAAUGCCAGGCACGCUCAGUUCACACAGCACCGUACCAGUUCCGGUACGUCAACAUUCUAGCGGUUUGGUAUAGUGUUGCUCGUCUGCUUCAGAGCAGUUGCUUCUUGAAUGCCAGGCACGCGCCUCUACUUGAGCAUCAGCACUCAUGUCCUCAAAUUACAUGCUGGAAACAAUGAAGGAAGAUGGUCUGGAUAGUGUUCAUGGCGAGAGAGCGCAGGUCCCUCUCUGGGUGCGCGGCAAGGAGUCUGCUACUCUUCUUGAACCGCGCAAUCAGAAUCUGGCCAUGAUGGGCCUCGGUACGAGUGUCGGUACUUCUCCUGAAGGAAUCACGGCCGAGGUGCUGGUUGUUCAGUCGUUCGAUGAGCUGCACAACCGAAGCAAAGAGGCACUAGGUAAGAUCAUUGUCUACAAUGAGGUGUAUACCAGCUCUGGCACCUCUGUCAUGUAUAGAUACCAUGGUGCGGUGCAGGCCGCCGAGGUCGGCGGUGUGGCCGCGCUGAUCCGCUCCAACACGCCCUUCUCCAUAUACAGUCCGCAUACAGGUGUCCAGGUGUAUGAAGAUGGUGUUGAGAAGGUGCCUGCAGCUUGCAUCACAGUGGAGGAUGCUGAGAUGCUUAGCCGCAUGGCAGCCAGAGGCACUAAGAUAGUUGUCAAUGUGAAAAUGGAGGCAAAGAACCAUGGCUUGGUUUGGUCACGCAACACGGUUGCAGAGAUCAAGGGCUCCACGUACCCUGACCAAGUUGUGUUGGUCAGUGGUCAUUUGGACAGCUGGGAUGUCGGCCAGGGAGCCAUGGAUGAUGGCGGCGGAGCCUUCAUCUCUUGGCAAGCGCUGUCAGCAAUCCACCAUCUUGGCCUGAGACCCAAGCGUACGCUGCGUGCUGUGCUGUGGACUGGAGAGGAGUAUGGAGCCUAUGGAUCCAAGAAGUAUUACCAAGAUCACAAGAACGAGGCUCAUCUGAUGAACAUAGUGAUGGAGUCGGACAUUGGAACGUUCCAGCCUCUGGGUUUCCGCUUCACUGGUUCUUCCGAGGCCAAGGGUAUUGUGAGCGAGAUCAUGCGGUACAUGCAGCCGUUCAACGCUAGCAGGGUGCUCAAUGAUGCUGACGGCUCGGACAUUGAGAUGUGGCUUGCUGACCGCGUGCCUGGCGGUAGUCUUCUAAAUCAGAACGAUAGAUAUCACGACUUUCACCAUUCCAAUGGUGACACCAUGACUGUGCAAGAUCCCACCGAGAUGGAUUUGUGUGCAACACUUUGGGCAGUUGUAGCGUACUGUCUGGCGGAGAUGGAUGAAAUGCUUCCGCGCUAGCGUGUCCCCAGCUUUUCAGUGGCAUCUUUCUGGCUUUCUAAUAGACUACGUGUAUGCUCGUCCUGGUCCAAGCAUCCUUUUGGACAUUGAUAAUCGGAUAAGAGUGGACAAUAUCCUCCCUCCCAUCCCCUGUGCUAUUUUUAUUUUGCUUUCACCCCCUGUGCUAUUUCUUUUUGCUUUCUUUUGCAGUUCAUAUUCAUCAGACUCCAGCUGUAGGAUCAUCGCCAUCACACAUUGUACCAUUGUGGCAGCAUGCAGAGUAACGUAAUAAUAUACUUGUAGAAAUGGAAACAUUGAAUUACUUGCUCUAUUCAACAUACUAGGAAUUCAAUGUUUCCAUUUCUAUAAUACUUUUUUAGAAGUUUUCUUUGUGCGCGCUGUGGCUAGCAACCGACCUCUUUUUUACCUACAGAUCUACGUUUGCGUGCGUUGGUCCCAACAGCUUGCACACACAACUUCCGGCAACA